UUAUCAAAACUUUGGACACAUAGGAAUUCGUCAAAAUAAUAUAAAGAACACAGUCUAAUGCAACCAAUAUAAUUUUAUCGGUAAUGAGAGCGUAGUACUUAAGGAAGGCAGCACAGAUAGCGUCGCAGUUGUUCAACAGACGCGCACCAUGGCAGAUAGAUAUCACGGGUGGGGGAUGCCGCCCCCUCACGGCUACCCUCAGGGUCCACCUGGAUCCGGGGCCAAUCCAAAUGCUCCCCACAUGUAUCCAUACGGUCCCGGCGUUGUUUUUUACCCGGUCCAUCCCGCGUACUUUUACCCCCAAUAUCCCGCUCCUCCUCCCGAUUCAGUACACGUUGUCGACGACCCAGUGGAAGUUGUCCCGGAAAUGCCCGGUGAAACUGUCGAGUUACCCUGGAGUACUUACCGUUGGGUUCCGGCUUGCUUGAGCCAAAGAAGCAUUCCAAUGGGUGCUCUCAGAGUGGGCACAGACGCUGAUGGUGAUGAAAUAUAUGCUGGAAGAGCAAAUCACGAAGGCGACUUACUUCCAGCUAAAGUUAUACCCUCAAAGAAUACUUGCUACGUAUCAUACGGUGGCGAAGAAAUUCUCAAAGACCAAUUUGAGGUUCUGGUCCCUGCUAUGUUCUCGUGGCAGUUCUCAUCUGGGGGUAACGUUCCUCCUGGUGCUGUCGAGGCUGGCGUCACUGCUGAUGGAGAGAAGCUGUACUUCGGAAGAGUCACCCAAGACGGCUGCACCACACCCGGGAAGAUCCAACAAUCCCACGGAGUCUGCUACUAUCCUUUCGACGGAGAAGAGAGGAAUUCCUCGGAAUAUGAAUGUCUUGUUCUUUUCUAGAGAAUCAUAAAUAUUUAUUUAUUAUAAUCAUUGUAGUAACCAACGUACUUAUUAUAUGCCAUCAACUACCAUAACAUAUUUUCAGUGACAUAAUUAUACGUCAAUUGCCAAUUUCACUGAGGUUAUUGAACAAGCUUCUUCGAAAUAUAUUUUUGCAUUUUGUGUA